AUAAUUGUGCCUCAUUUUUCUUGGAUGGAGGGUGUAAUUUAUUGUCGGAGAAUAUGUCACCACAAGGAAGACAACUCAAAAGUCAAUCUCGCGACCGAAAAAGAAAAAAAAAAAAGGAAAAAAGUGUCGGUAGAUAUCGCAACGCUCCAAGACUUCUCACAUAUCGCAACAAUCAUUUACAAAAUUGUGGUAUUGGCUUUUCAUACAGAAAAUGGAGAAGCAAUCAUCUGCAAAUUAUCAGAACGGCGGCGCCGACUAUUACGGCGGAGGAAGCCGCCGCGAAGACCUUCAAGUGUCGGUAGAUAUCGCAACGCUCCAAGACUUCUCACAACUCCUCCAGUCCCAACCCAAGAAACUCUACUCGGAUUCACGACGCCGCCAAAUCCAGAAGAUCCCACCGCAGAUACGGCGGCGUAUGCGGCCUAGCCACCAAGUUUACGACCCGGUGAUGGUCUCCAUCGGGCCCUACCACCACGGCAAACCGGGGCUCCGGCGGGCGGAAGAAUUCAAGCACCUCUGCUUGGACCGGUGCGCAGGCGGCGACGAGAAGAAGAAGGCCUUCUUCUACUCGAAGAUCCUCGAGGAAGUUUCCGGCGUAAGAGACAGCUACGCCGAGGCCACGAUCGUGGGGAAAUACGACGACAGAUCGCUAGCGCUGAUGAUGCUGCUGGACGCGAGCAUCAUCAUAGAUUUCAUCCACAACUACUUGGGAAUGGAAGGAAACAGCUUCAUGGAUUGGAAGCGAUGCCUCGGCGCCGGAUCGGGGCCGCUGAUGAUCCGUGAUGUGAUGGUGAUGGAGAAUCAGAUCCCGUUUCAGGUUCUGGAACUGUUGAUCAGCUUGCAGUACGAGGAAGCUGAAGCUGCGUCGUUUCUUCCCAGGUUUUUCGCGGGGUUUCUGACGCAGAAGACACGUACAGUAGGCAAGAUUCCAUUUAAGGUUCAUUGUGGAGAAAUCGAGGAUCCUCCCAUCCACUUUCUCGAAGCUUUUUGGAGAGUUAUGGUAAAGACGAAGAAAGAUAUAGUUAUGUCUGAAUAUGGUUCAGUUGGUAAGAACAAGUUUGUGCUGUCUGGAUUCUCGAUGAGGGAAGAGAGGGUGGAUGCUGAUAUAUCCUACACGCAUCGCUCGGUUAUGGAUCUCAAGGCCAAAGGCAUUCGAGUGAGGCCUAAUCCGGAGCUCUCGCUCAGGGACAUAACCUUCAAGCCUGAGUCGAAUGCCCUUUUCAGCCAGCUCCAGCUCCCGGUUCAGUAUUUCUCGGACCUUAGCCCGGUGGUGCUGGCUAACAUGAUCGCGUUGGAGGUGCUGCCCAACGGCUGCUCCAGCCCUGUCAUGCUCUCGUAUGCCAUCUUCAUGAAGUCGUUGGUUCAGAGCCCCGAGGACGUGAAGGAGUUGCAGGACAACGGGGUGAUGCUGAAUAGGCUGGCGAAUCGUGAGAAAGUGGUGGAGAUGAUCAAGGAGAUCGACACGUUUGGGCUGCACGAUCAGGAUGUGUUCAAGGAUGUGAAGAGGAGGAUUGAAAAGCAUUGCAGAAGCAGGGCUAAGACGUGGUUUGCUGACCUCAUUUAUACCCGGUUUCGGACUCCAUGGACUGCUAUUGCGUUCUUUGCUGCAUUGCUGCUUCUUUGCCUUGCUUCUCUGCAGACUUUCUUCACUAUUCGGAGUUCUUUCACACAAUAGUUGUUACUUUGGAAUUUCAUUACCAUAUCAACUUCAACUAUAUAAAUUUCAAGUCCAAGGAUAUUAUAUA